AUGUCAUUCGCCGACUUUUGCAAAAACAAAGUUGACUUAGACUUUGGUUUCUCAAACCUCAACACUGAAGUAAACUAUUAUUUCAAUGCUGCUGGAGAUGCUUGGGACCCAGUUAAGUUCACAUGCGAAAAGUUUGAAUGCAAGAGAAUAGAAAGCAGACUUGCCGUUUAUAUGUUGGACCCAGAUAUUUCAAAUGCUUUAGCUGCCAAAUAUAUUGCAGUUCCACUUAUGUUCCCUAUACACCAAAUAUCUGUCAAAGACUUUGCAGGUGAAGUUGGAAACCAAAGUGCUGACCCAGGUGCAAGAACAGAUAUUGCUUUAACAACUGCAAUGAAACAUGCAGAUACUAUGUUUGUACUGUUCAGACGAACUAUAAAUGACUAUUCUUGUUUCUACAACCCUGGUAUUAAAUAUCAUAUAAACAUAGAUGGCAAAUAUUAUCCAAGAGAAGAAUAUUCUACAGUUGAGGAUAUGAGGUCAUACAACUUGACAUUAGAUGCUAUGAACUUUAACAACAACUUCACAACAACCAUUAACCCUGAAAUGCAAAGUUCUAUUAUGCCAUAUGUGAAAGUAUGGACUCAUACAGGAGGUCAAAAAACUCAAUAUACAAAUGGAGACC